GGUGCGGAGUGUUGACCAGAUAUUAUAGUAUUCAACAGUUUCUGACCGAAUCGUCAUCACAUGUCACUUGUGGGCCCACAACAUUCACUCUUGUUUCUCCAUUUCUCUUCACUCAUUUCAAUAUAUUAACCUUAAACUUUGUUCUCAUUUUCAACACAACACGACACUCUGCAUGAACAAAAACUAAAACAAAAAAGUUCAGACCAGUUUGAAGGUUAUUUAAGAUUCAUCAUCAAAAAAACGUGUUUUUUUGUUUGUUUGAUCGAAGAUGGUUGAAGGUGGUCAUCAAUUAGCAGACAAAACAGAGUUUACGGAAUGUUGGCGAAGAACAUCGGAGUCACCUUAUAUUAUGCGACUUGCUUUGUCUGCUGGUCUUGGUGGUCUUCUGUUUGGUUACGAUACAGGUGUGAUUUCUGGUGCUUUGUUGUAUAUUCGUGAUGAUUUUGAACAAGUUGAUAAGCAAACAUGGCUACAGGAAACCAUUGUUAGUACGGCUGUUGCAGGAGCCAUAGUUGGUGCUGCAUGUGGAGGAUACAUGAAUGACAAGAUGGGGAGGAAGAAAACUAUCUUAAUGGCUGAUGUGGUGUUCAUGUUAGGUGCAAUAGUUAUGGCUGUUGCUCCUGCUCCUUGGGUUAUCAUUGCUGGAAGAAUUUUAGUUGGUUUAGGAGUCGGUGUUGCAUCCAUGACUUCUCCUCUAUAUAUCUCUGAAGCUUCCCCUGCUAAGAUUCGAGGAGCAAUGGUAUCCACCAAUGGUUUACUUAUAACGGGCGGCCAGUUUCUCUCGUAUCUCAUCAAUUUGGCAUUUACCAAGGCCCCGGGAACCUGGCGUUGGAUGCUUGGAGUGGCCGCGCUUCCCGCUGUGCUACAGUUUGUAUUGAUGUUGUCCCUCCCUGAGUCACCUAGAUGGCUCUAUAGGCAGGGCAAGGAAGAGGAAACAAGGGUUAUUCUGUCGAGAAUCUACCGCCCUGAUGAAGUUGAAAAGGAGAUGAAAGCCAUGCGUGAUUCCAUUGAAGAUGAGAAAGCAGAAGAGGGCUUAAUUGGUCACAGUCUUGGACAAAAACUAAAGAGUGUUUGGUCUAACGACGUAGUUCGAAGAGGGCUUUACGCAGGUAUCACAGUCCAAGUUGUUCAGCAAUUCGUCGGAAUUAAUACAGUCAUGUAUUACAGCCCAACCAUAGUUCAGUUUGCUGGAAUCGCCUCCAACUCUACCGCACUUGCACUCUCAUUGGUUACUUCUGGUCUCAAUGCCGUUGGAACUAUAAUUAGCAUGGUUUUAGUCGAUAGAUUCGGAAGGAGAAAGUUGAUGUUAACCUCCUUGAUUGGCAUCUUUGCUUCACUUGUUGUAUUAAGUGUUACAUUCAACCAAGCAUCUCAUCACGCACCUGCAAUCAAUAAACUGGAUUCCCUUAGCUUUGGCGGGAACAAUACAUGCAAGGCUUACACAUCGGCCCCAAAUCUUGCGUCGUGGAACUGUAUGCAAUGUUUGCAUGAAGAAUGUGGCUUUUGUGCCAAUAGCAAGAGUGAGUUUCUUCCAGGAGCAUGUUUGGCAGGAGAAAAAAUUGUCAAAGGAAUGUGUCGGGAACAAAAGCGAGUAUGGUUUUCACAGGGCUGUCCAAGCAAAAUCGGAUUCCUUGCGGUUGUAAUCCUCGGAGUCUACAUCAUAGCAUAUGCUCCUGGAAUCGGAACGGUGCCUUGGGUUCUAAACUCGGAGAUUUAUCCGUUGAGGUUCCGAGGACUAGGUGGAGGCAUAGCAGCAGUAUUCAACUGGUGUGCUAACCUGAUAGUGAGUCAAUCCUUCUUAAGCAUGAUAAAGGCUCUAGGAACUUCUGGAACAUUCCUCCUCUUUGCAGGAUUCUCCGUCAUUGGCUUUUUCGCAAUUUAUUUGCUAGUGCCGGAAACCAAAGGGCUUCAGUUUGAGGAGGUUGAGAAACUGCUGCAGAAAGGGUUUAGACCUUUCCCAUUUAACAGCAAAAAAGAUGAAGAUGUGAAAGGGAAAGGGAAAGGGAAGGAGGAAAUGAACGACUUACCUUGAGUAUCAUUAUAGACUCUUUGUUCAAGAUAAAAGAAAAGGCUAUGUGGUUUUGUGCUAUUUUAUGGCAAAAACAUUGUGUGUAACAAUGUGUGUCGAUUGACAAAGAAAUGCUAUAAUAAACAUCAACUAUGUUGUAUAAAUGAUUUUCAUUUUCAUGAAAGUUGAUUAUUAUGAGAAUAAAUGAGUUUAUUUUCUA